CAGGGGCCGGGCCGGGCCGGGCCGACUCCGAGGCUCCCAGUCGCUGCUGUGGCCGCGGGCAGGUGGGGCUACGGGUGAAGAAACCAAGACGCAGAGAGGCCAAGCCCCUUGCCUUGGGUCACACAGCCACAGGAGGCAGAGCCAGAACUCACAACCAGGUCUGUGUCCUCUAAGUCCUCUGAUGCAUCGUCCCUUCCCCGCCGCCCUCCCUGGAGACUGAGGGAGAGAAGCAGGGACAGAGGCAGUGCUGGGUGUCCCGGGAGAAGGCUGCAGUGAGCGGGCCCAGCCAUCCCUGAGGGAGGAGCCCCGGGGCAGCAAAGUUUUCCCUGGAAACACUUUGAAAACACCCACCUCUUGGAGACUGAGAUACUGAGGAACAAGAGUGUUGAGGCCAGGGUAAGCCAAGACAGGGGAGAGCAGUUCCUCAUUGAAACCCCCACUAGGAACGUUCUCCCACCACCUUUACCAGUGCUGGGUGUGGAGGCUCUUGCAGGCUCAGCUAGUGACUUGGCCUGUCUGUGCCUCAGUUUCUGCAUCUGUCCUCUGGGGUUAAGCAUGUGCCUACCUCACAGUAUUACUGAGAAGAUGACAGGAGAUGCUUGGUGCACCCCUGGCACCACGUUACUACCAAAAGUUCAUGGUUCCCGUGCCUCCACCCUCCCUCCUGCCCCUCUGAGAAUACUUCUCUGUCCUGGGCACCUUUAACUUCAGAUUGUUCAGAGCUAUCUGAGAUCUGCAGGAUUUCCGGACAGCCCCACCAGCAACUAGGAGCUGCUUGAGUAAGACUGAGAUCCAGAAGCAACAGGGACAUGACCACCUGGGACGAAAAGGCAGUCACCCGCAGGGCCAAGGUGGCUCCCGCCAAGAGGAUGAGCAAUUUCUUAAGGCACUUCACGGUCGUGGGGGACGACUACCAGGCCUGGAACAUCAACUACAAGAAAUGGGAGAAUGAAGAGGACGAGGAGGAGGAAGAGCAGCCGCCACCCACACCAGCCUCAGGCGAGGAAGGCAGAGCUACAGCCCCUGACACUGCCCCUGGCGCCGCACCCAGGACCCGCCUUGACUUCAGGGGCACGUUGAGGAAACUGUUCGGCUCCCACAGGUUUCAGGUCAUCAUCAUCUGCUUGGUGGUUCUGGACACCCUCCUGGUGCUUGCUGACCUCAUCCUGGAGCUGAAUAUCAUCCAGACUGACAAGAAUCACUAUGCCACCAAGGUGUUCCACUACAUGAGCGUCACCAUCUUGUCCAUUUUUAUGAUGGAGAUUAUCUUUAAAUUAUAUGUCUUCCGCCUGGAGUUCUUUCACCACAAGUUUGAGAUCCUGGAUGCCGUAGUGGUUGUGGUCUCAUUCGUCCUCGACGUCGUCCUCCUACUCCGGAAGCAUGACUUUGAGGCUCUUGGCCUGCUGAUUCUGCUCCGGCUGUGGCGGGUGGCCCGGAUCAUCAAUGGGAUUAUCAUCUCGGUUAAGACACGUUCAGAACGGCAACUCUUACGGUUAAAACAGAUGAAUGUACAGUUGGCUGCCAAGAUUCAACACCUUGAGUUCAGCUGCUCUGAGAAGGAACAAGAAAUUGAAAGACUCAACAGGCUAUUGCGACAGCAUGGACUUCUUGGUGAAGUGAACUAGACCCAGACCAGCUCCCGCCAAAGAGAAGACAUUGCCUCAUGGGCCUGUGCUGUCACAAGAGGAACAGCUGCCCUUCCUGGGCCACUUGGUGAGGGGUUCUGUUUGAUGCCUGUGCCUCCCUCUUGCCAGCAUGGAUUCUGGGUGGACACGGCCUUGUGAAAGGAGGGUCCAGUAUCACCAAGAGCUGCCCAUUCAUUCCCACCCUGCACUGUAUCAAAUGUAUCACAUUUUCGCAUGUUGAACACUUUAGCCUUGCUUGAAAAUGAGCAACAAAGCUGGACAAUUGCUAGUUGUACAUAAAAUUUAAUCUCAUUGAAUGUACAGUUUUCAAAUUUCACAUGUUAAAGAACCAAUGUAUCCUUUCAUAUGAGCAUUCUGAAAGAAA